GUUGUGUGACUCAUGUAGCAUGGGAGAGUUCUUGUGGCAAUCUAGUGCAGAUCAGGUCUCAAUUCACAGGAUGGUUUGCUUUAUGAAAGUAUACCCUGGAGAACAUGGGAUAAAAUUGAAGGUCACCCACCUCUCUCUUCAGAUUUGUUCAUUUUUACAUGGAAGUGACUAUUCAGAUUUCCGCUUGAUAGUAUGUGAAUAGACAUAAAUGCUUCUUUAGCACCAGGCAUGAUUUCAGACUACAGAAUAGCUAGAGAGGGCAAAUUGCCAGCACAAAGGUCAGCAGCGUUCAGUUCUUAAUAGACUAUAGUGGGAGACUAAAAUUAGAAGCACUGAUGGAAAUUAUAAGUUCCCUUCAGAUCCCAACUGAACCACAAGCAAUGUGAUCCUUUACUUGGUUUAUACUGUCGCGAAACACAUAUGUUUGUUUAUCUGUGCCGAUAGCAGCAAAAGCAUUUUACUGUUUCAGCUGAAAGCAGCAGGAAUAGCAAUCCAGUUACUUUCAAAACCACCUCAGCAAGUAGCAGCAUUGCUGAAGGUUUAGUCACCUGCUUGUUCUUGUCAAAGGCCGGCACGGUAAAGCAGACGAACUGGAAAGCCUGGUAUUGCACAGCUGAGGGCUGAAGUUCGAGAGACAGGCGAAUCGAUGCUUCCUCGCCCUCCCUUUCCUGUGUGGCUUGUUCAGAUGAUAUUUGCCUUUCCAAGGAUUUCCCCUUACUUAUCAAUGUUUUGACAUCACUCCUGUGAAAACUGUCCCAGCUCUCUCACUGUUACCAUCUCCAGCUUCAUACCAGAACUGCUGCUGGCCGUAACUGCAGCUGAAACCAGAAGGAAAUGAGUUGGCUCCGUGCUUGCUUCAUAGACAGAGGUUCUCGUACUGAGACUGAAGCUAUGAAAAGGCAAAGCUCUGAUCAGGAGCAUGAAGUUAUUGAAUUACAACAAGUUAAUGGAGAAGAAAGUGAAGUCGAUCACAAGAAGCCUCUGAAUUCUCCAGCAGCUGCGAUGAGCAAGGAGAGAGAUCAUUGGAAAUCAUGCAGGAAAGUCAUUUUUUGGAAGUGUAAACUAUGGAUGGUUUUAACUACAAUUUUUGUAGUAUUGUUCCUGGUCAUUCUCAUCAGCUUAGUUCUAUAUUCUAAUGUUUACACAGAUGAGGAUGACUAUUGGGAUGCUGAUGCACUACUACAUAGUGGAAAUUAUCACAAUUUUUCUGGAAAGUUCAAGUUAAUGUGUGGUCUUCCACACCUUUUUGCUGAUGACAUUACUAAGAAGUUAACAGACGUCUACAGUUCAUCUCCAGCUCUAGGACGCUACUUUAGGUCAGCUCAAGUGGUUCAUUUCAGCAAUGAAAGCUCCACUGUAUUUUACCAGCUAGAGUUCUCUGUACCGCCAUCAGCAGAGGGGUUUAUGGAAAAUUUAAUGGACCCAGAUUUUAUAAGAAACAUUCUACGUCAGAAUAUUUAUGAUGAAGAAGAUACUUUUUAUCCUGGGACAUCUGAAUGUAACACGUUAAAGCUUGACCCAGCUUCUCUCACAUCAACAUAGAAAUAAUGGACCCCUCAUCUUUCUCACCUUCUAGAAGAGAUGGGCUUCUACUGUCUGUUGGUAAUCCCAGGUUAGGGAGCUAUUCGUUAGGUUGAAACACUUCUAAAGAUGGUUUUCUUCAAAUGAAAAUGUGGUGUAUUGCUAACAGUAUUGUACUCCUAGAACAUUGCUACCUCCUUCUUCAUUUUUGUCCUGACUUAUGAGUAACCCAUUCCAGUCUUGUGAAAAUCAUAUACCUUGCUUGAUAAAGUGCUCUACUGACUUGGAAAACUCUAAUUUGUCUUAUGAUGAAAUCUAGAUUCCCUGCUCGAGCUUUAAAAACAGUCCUGUGUGUCUCCUCUCUUUUGCUCUUGGCUUAUGCAAAAUUAUCCGUACAACUUCAUCCUUAAUUUUCAUGUUCACCCAUGCUCAUGUCUUUUACUUUUUUUCCCCCACCAACUUCAUCUGACAUAUCCUCCCUGGUGUUCUUUCCUCUCAAAACAACCUUAAAACUUAAAUAUUCUUUUGUUUCCUUUAAUUGUAUGCAAAACCUUUGCACUUCCUUCUUAAGUAAGCUGGAACUCUCAUCAUCCCCUUGUUCAUUCUAUACUCUUCCUAGAGAAGGUCUCAUCAGCACUGUUUUUCCUCUUCUGUAAUGUGAAAUAAAAAUGAAGAAGGAAGAAACAUCGGGAAGAAACAUGACUUGUUCACUAAUGCAUCUGAAUGCUGCAGAAAUCUUUCAAGGGUCAAAUUAGCUGUGUACUUCAGUAAUUGGCUACUGGUGCUUGUGAAAAGACACCUAUUAGACCCACAUCUCUAAAUUCAAAGGAAAACGGGUCUACACCCUUCUAAUACCCCCUCCCCUGGCAGUGGGGGGAAAAAAAAAAGGAAUGAACAAAUGCAAAAUUCUUGCCUUAAUAAGGCAGCAGUUGUUGACAAUAAAGCAUAUGGGACAGACCAAUGCCAAGAAAAAGGUGCUGAAGCAGAUCAUGUAGGCCAGUGUGGCAUGAAAGUUACAGCCAGUAACUGGUUAUAAUAUUAAAACUAAAAAUUAAGCAUUAAUUUUUUGAGGAACAUGAAAGCUUCACUACCAUGUUAGUGAAGCGUAGCAACUUCUCACUUAGAAACGUUUGUAGCCUGUAUAAAUGUUAAUGUUGUAUAGGAAAAAUUAUUUUUAGAAACUUUUUGUACUGGGAGAAAUAUGAUGAAUUGUUUGUUUUUUCUAAUGUUUAUUUAAGGAAUCUGAUGACUAUAUUGUACAUUAAAUUAUUUAUUUUUACUC